CAACACAUCACAUGGCGACGAGUGUAAAACCGGUCUUCUUCUUUAUACUUGCUUAAUUUACUUGUGUCAUGGCUUCGCCACAAUCUCCAGAUGUACUGUCCGAAUUUUAUCGCUUGCAGAAUCAGCAGACGCAGGCCUUAUUGGAUGCUCUUGGACAGCUCGUCCAGGGUCAACGUGCACUGCAAAACGAUGCGGCCGCCGCCGCUCCACCGCUACCGCAGCCACAACACGCAGUUGCACCACCUUUUCGUCCAUUUGAUGCUGCACUGGAAAGCUGGACGGAGUGGUCACGCCAAUUUGGAUUUCAUCUCGCCGCCUACAGAAUUCAAGGUACGGAAAAACUCUACAGAACCCGAUACAAGACAGAGAGAGAACUCCAAUCUGUAACUAAGAGUUGGAAUUAUGUAGCCCAGUGACGAGCCAUGAAGUGACCCCACAUGUAAGUGUUGAUUAGAAGUUAUCCGAACCCAUUGUAUUAAUCGGAGACAGUUAUCAGAACCCCAACGUGUUGUCAGAGAAAUGUUAGGUAAAAAGACGACCCCCAUAUCGAAGUGAAUGUAUAUUCUCUUAUGGUCAAGGAAAGGACACCCUACG